AUGGGCGCCGCGGCGUCCAGCCAGCUGGACGAGGGCAAGUGCGCCUACAUCCGAGGGAAAACUGAGGCUGCUAUAAAAAACUUCAGUCCCUUCUACAGUCGCCAGUACUCUGUGGCCUUCUGCAAUCAUGUGCGCAGUGAAGUAGAACAACAAAGAGAUCUAACAUCACAAAUUUUGAAGACCAAGCCACCAUUGAAUCCUGGGACCAUUUUAUAUGAAGCAGAACUAUCCCAGUUUGCCGAAGAUCUAAAGAAAUGGAAGGAGAGAUAUGUGGUGGUUAAAAAUGAUUUUGCUGUGGAGAGCUACGAGAACAAAGAGGCCUAUCAGAAAGGAGCUGCUCCUAAAAGCCGUAUCCUUCCAGCGGGUGGCAAAGUGUUAACCUCCGAAGAGGAAUACAACCUGUUAUCUGACAGGCAUUUCCCAGACCCGCUUGCAUCCAGUGAGAAGGAGAGUGCGCCGCCCUUUGUGGUGCCGCCGAAGGAGUUCCCGGUGUACCUGUGGCAGCCGUUCCUCAGGCACGGCUACUUCUGCUUCCCCGAGGCCGCCGAGCAGAGGAAGUUCCACGCCCUCCUGAGCGACUGCAUCCGGCAUCUGAACCAGGAUUACAUGAAGCAGACCACGUUCGAAGCCCAAGCCUUUUUGGAAGCCGUGCAGUUCUUCCGGCAGGAGAAAGGUCACUACGGCUCCUGGGAAAUGAUGGCUGGGGAUGAAAUCCAGAUCCUGAGCCACAUGGUGAUGGAGGAGCUGCUGCCCACUCUUCAGGCAGACCUGCUGCCCAAAAUGAAGGGGAAGAAGAACGACAGGAAGCGGGCCUGGCUGGGGCUCCUCGAGGAGGCCUACAACCUGGUGCAGCAGCAGGUGUCAGAGGGACUGAGCGCCUUGAAGGAGGAAUGCAGAGCUCUGACCAAGGGCCUGGAAGGAACCAUCCGUUCAGACAUGGAUCAGAUUGUCAACUCCAAGAACUUCUUAACCGGGAAGAUCAAAGUGAUGGUGGCCCAGCCCGCGGAGAAAAGCUGUGCGGAGAGCGUGCAGCCAUUCCUGGCGUCCAUUCUGGAGGAGCUCAUGGGGCCCGUGAGCUCAGGAUUCAGUGAAGUGCGCUCCCUCUUUGAAAAGGAAGUGGACGAACUCAGCCAGAACUUCCAGACCAGCAAGGACAACGCCCAGCUAAAGGAGCACCUGUACCGGCUUAUGAGUCUCCCCCUGGAUUCUGUGAAGAUGGAACCUUGUUACAUCAAAGUCAACCAGCUCGAGGAGCGCCUGCAGGAUCUCAAGAGCCGCUUCCGAUUCCCUCACGUGGACCUGGUGGUGCAGCAGACACAGAACUACAUGCAAGAGCUCAUGGAGAACGCCGUAUUCACUUUUGAGCAAUUGCUUUCCCCACAUCUCCAAGGAGAGGCCUCCAAAACGGCCAUUGCCAUUGAGAAGGUGAAGCUCCGAGUCUUAAAGCAAUACGAUUAUGACAGCAGCACCAUCCGGAAGAGGAUAUUUCAAGAAGCCCUCGUUCAGAUCACCCUUCCCACCGUGCAGAAGGCCCUGGCGUCCACCUGCAAACCGGAACUUCAGAAAUAUGAACAGUUCAUCUUCGCUGAUCACACCAACAUGAUCCACGUGGAGAACGUGUACGAGGAGAUUUUACAUCAGAUGCUCCUUGAUGAAACCCUGAAAGUGAUAAAGGAAGCUGCCAUCCUGAAGAAACACAACCUGUUUGAAGACAACGUGGCCUUGCCCAGUGAGAGCGUGUCCAGCCUGACCGACCUCAAGACCCCCGUGGGCUCCAACCAGGCCAGCCCUGCCCGGAGGGCCUCGGCCGUCCUGCUGGGAGCUGCCCACGGUGAGGCCCCGAGUAACGACGUGUUCCCGGAGCCCGAGGAGAAGCAGCAGCCGGGGGCCCCUGGCCCGCCGGCCCCUGGAGAAAGCCUUUCCCUCCCGGGUGGGGAUGCGCAGGAGGUUCCUGCAGGCCCGGGGGACCCUGUCGUGAGCCCCGCGGCCGCAGGCGCCCGGGGCUCCCACGCAUCGGAGCUGGGGUUUGCAGCGGGGCCUCCUGCGGACGGAGAAGCCGCCGCCCCCCAGGAGCCGCCAUCCAUCUCUGCCUCGUGCUCCCUGCAGGAGCUCAGAAAUCUGUUGACCGUGACCGUCGAAGUACCCGUGGUGCCUGCCACCCUCGAGACUGAAAAAGAUGCACAUCAGGAGACCCUUGUUCCCCAGGAAAUGGAAAAAGAGGAGGAAACGACCCAAAUCCACACGGAGGCCGCUCCAGCAGCCGCCUCCCGCCAGGACGCGGGUGAAGACGGUGGAGUCAGGGAGAAGGAGGCCCAUGCUCCAGCUGUCGAGGCAGAGGCCGAGGCCGAGGCAGGGGCCGGUGGGGUGGAGUCAGGGGGAUGUGCAGAGGCUCAGCGUGCAGGUGCCAGCGUCCCAGGCCCCACAGAGGAGCAGGCAGAGGCCGGGGAGCCCACUGGGAGGGACGCCCAUGAAGGAGGUAAGGCCGUGCCACAGGGAGGCUGCAUUUUAAAUUCUGACCCCAUGGGCCCCGGGGAGAGCCAGGGCUCCGUGGAAGAAGCGGCGGGAGGGAACGGUGGCCAGGCCCAGGCUGCUGAGGAGGUUAAGGGUCCCCGUGUGUACGAGUGUCAGUGGGUGGUGGAGGAUGCGCCAGACACCCACAUCCUAGGUCCACAGAAGGAGGAUGCGAGGGAGAGUCCCCCAGAGCAGCCCUUGGAGGAGUGA